AUGUAUGGCAGUUUGUGUAACCGCAGCAGUGAACCAGGGUUUGGUCUUCUCUUCGACGUGGAUGGUGUUUUGGUCCGUGGGAAGUCACUGAUCCCAGCAGCUCGCCGGGCGUUCCAGAAACUUCUGGACUCGGCGGGAAACUUCCUGCUUCCUGUCGUCUUUGUCACCAACGCAGGAAACUGUCUGCCUCAGAAGAAAGCUGAGCAGUUGUCUCACCUCCUGGAUGUCCAGAUCUGCCAGGAGCAGGUCGUUCUCUCCCACAAUCCACUGCGCAUGUGCACAAGUUUCCAUGACAAGUGUGUGCUGGUUUCAGGACAGGGACCCGUGUUGGACAUCGCCAACAAUCUGGGUUUCCAGAAGGCUGUGAGCAUCGAGCAGCUCAGACAACACUACCCUCUACUGGACAUGGUGGACCACAACAGACGACCCACCCCACAGGCUUCUCCUUUAAAGACGCUUCCUAAAGUGGAGGCUGUCAUUCUGUUUGGUGAACCAAUCCGGUGGGAGACUAACCUCCAACUAGUUAUCGAUGUGCUGCUGACCAAUGGGAAACUUGACUCCGCCUAUGAACCCAAUCACUCCACCCAACUGCCAGUUUUGGCAUGUAACAUGGACCUGGUUUGGAUGGCUGACGCUCCGUCACCACGGUUUGGUCACGGCAUGUUCCUGCUCUGCCUGGAGAGUGUGUACAGGAAGUUUACCGGCAGAGACUUGAGGUACGAGGCUCUGAUUGGAAAACCAAAUCAGCUGACCUACAUGUACGCCGAGUCGGUGCUUAACCAGCAAGCCGCCUCCAGAGGCUGGAGCAAACCCAUUACCUCCAUCUACGCUGUCGGUGACAACCUGAUGACAGAUAUCUACGGCGCUAACUUGUUUAACUGCUACCUGGCCCAACAACAUGCUGUCAGGACAUCCUCUGCUAAGCUGGCUCUUCAGGGACCUGGAUGUCAGGUGACAACACCUCCGGCAGAGGAGGAAAUGACAUCAGCCUGGGAGGCUCCUCCCACUGCCAAACAAUGUCACUCUGUACUGGUGUGCACCGGUGUCUACAGCCCUCACCACCCGUUACCUAGUGACCAAAUCAGCACAGUCAAGGAGAAGCUGAUUCACAGUCAGUGGGACUUCUGCUUCGACCCGACUCUGGUAGAAGCGAAUCUGGUGGAGCCGCAUCACAUUGCAGAGGACGUGGAGGCAGCAGUGGAGUUUAUCUUUCAGCAGGAGGGCUUCAACCAGAAAUGA